CCUUCAGAUUAGCACCGCAAACCAAUUCAUCAUUCGGAGAUACCAACCUCUUCUCUUCUCUUCUCCUCGAUCAUAAUAUAAUAAACCAAGACAAUAUGAUCAGCACCAAGAAACUCAUCAAGAUGUCAAGGAAAUGGCAACGGGUGGCCGCCAUCAGAAGAAGAAGAAUUCCAAUACCAAGAGCCGAAGGAGAUGUCAGUAGUGGUUGCAGCUCAUCAUCAGUGGCCGAUAGGGGUCAUUUUGUUGUCUACACGGCGGAUCAAAGACGCUACGCUUUUCCAAUCGCGUAUCUUAACCAUGAGAUUAUCAGAGGGCUCCUUGAGUUGUCCGAGGAAGAGUUCGGACUACCAAGCGAUGGACCCAUUACGCUGCCAUGCGAUUCGGCAUUCAUGGAGUAUGUGGUUUCUUUAAUCCCACGCCGCACAUCCAAAGAAAUGCAGAAAGCUCUGCUGGUGUCCAUUGCAAAUAAUGGAAGAUGUUCAAUGUAUAGCUCUCUUCUUCAUCAUCAACAAAAACCCUCCCAGCAAUCACUACUCUGCAGCUGCUAGGCGGAAGAAGAUCGUACCCCGUCGCUCAAAUUUUGUAGAUACUCCCGUCGAAAGUAUUGUUUGAUUGAUUCCCAAUAUAUGCAGACAACAUUUUGAAUUUUGCUUUCCCUCUGCCAUGAGACAGAACUGAAAUUUUCUUCCGUUCAAUCCAAACGAAAAGAAAUUGUUCAUCAUUGUUGGGCCAGAUCUUGUCCUUCAAGAAUAACCCUUGAUUGGAGGUUUGUUCAUAGGGUUAGAAGGAGGUAAAAGUGUUCAAUGGGUUGGCGGAUAGUAUAGAGUUAAAAAAAGCAUAACACGUUACCUUAAGAGUAUAGGUCGAGCGAUCAGAAGAGCAAUAUAUCAGUAUUAAUUUGAUGGAUUACGAGUUCGAUUAUCGUCUUGCGCAAGAGCCAAAAGCCCAACCUACGAUUUACCUCCCUUGACGUAAUCGAGGGUAUAAGCUUCAGGGACCGCGCA